AUGGCCUCUAGACCAGACCCUGGCGGCCGAUCUAGGUUUGCCAAGCUCGGAAUGGCAAUAGUCGAAGAAUUGACCGAGGCCUGUAGAGAUGUCUUAGAGAUGGACGUACCUCCUGGUCUUGUCUACAGCAAAGUGAAAGCAUCAUCGAUUUAUAAAAACAUACGCCCCGAGCAAGAACUUAGUCUUAUAGGCGCCAAAACAGAUGGAUAUAAAGAAUUCGAUAUAACAUUGUUAUAUACGCUGAUAAGAAACAUAUGUACAAAAAUUCCCCGGCCAACAAAAGGUUGGGGUGGGAACACAAUGCCUUCAGUAAGAGAAAUAUCUGUUGGCGACGACAUUGAGAGGAUAAGGAUGAUAAGAAACACUAUGUUUGGACACAUAAGCUCGGCUUCUACAUCACAGACAGAUUUUGAUGACACGUGGUCAGUCAUAGCUGAUAUCUGCUUAAGAUUGCAAAGGUACACUAACAAAGACUACAUGUCUGGACUGAGCAAUAUUCAAUGUCAGGCACUAGAAGAAGAAAGUAGGAAAGCCGUCAUAGCAAAACUCGAAAACGAUUAUAAGAAUCAUAGAGAUCUUAUGGAAAAGAUAUCUUGUUUGGAAUUACGUUUGCAAGGGAAAUCAAUGCAAGACAUGAUUCUCGAGGACUGGCAGGAAGAGAACUUUGCUUUUAUUCCUACAAAAGCAAGUAGAACCGUCGAGGAAAAGCUUAAAAGUCAGAACUUAGUCACAGUUGUCGGAAAUUCUGGAUCUGGUAAAGAAUCUUUCGAUGAUAUCCUGUAUACUUCAUGGAAAAUGCAUCAGAAAACAGUAGAGAUUUGCUUGAAGAAAGUGAAACUACUUGUGUCCUGUAGAAGAUGCGUUUUUAAUGAUAAGAGAGUAAAGGGUAGUUUAUUCGAGGAAUCCACAAUAGUAGAAAUUGACAACAAAGAAAAUCGACUGACAGAUGAAGAGAAAAGAGCAAUCCUCAAUCAAUACACACAGGAUCUAGACCUUUCUGAAGAAAUUGUUUCUGAAAUAAUCAAAACAAAAGCAUAUUUCCCGUUGCUGUGUACGCUUUUUACUAAAUCAAAUUACAAGGAAAGUGGAACUGACUUCUUCAAAUAUCCGUACAAGUUCAUUAGACGAGAAAUUGAAAUUUGGAAGAAUAUGGACAAGAAGAAAUUCUGCGCUCUUAUUUUAGUUGUUGCUUUUAAAAACAAUCUGGAAAUAGAUACAAUCGUAAGAAAUGAAUUUUCUAUGAAGAAAUAUAGAGACGUUUUAGGAAUGUGUGAGUUACAAGAAAACACACAUAUUUCGGUAUUUGACAGUACUUUACAUGAACUAAAAGGAUCCUAUGUCAAACGUGUCGGUUAUGGUUUCCAAUUUCUUCACGACUUUAUUAUGGAGAUAACGACUCUAGUAUUUGGUGUUAAUUGUCCACUGGAGAUAAUACAGUACGCAGACAGUGGUUUUCUGAGACGUCGAGUGAAGAUAGAAGACGAUACAGAAGAGAAAGAUCGCGAUCCCUUCACUGUUUACCUGCGUGAAGGGUACAUUGGUGAUCUUGUAGACAGGUUUAUCAUCGACAUGCAAACAGAAAACUUAGUGGAUGUUGUUAUCAACCCAUGUCUACGGAAUAAAAAUGUGAUAAAAAAAUUUAAAGAAAAGGUCCACCAGGAAUACAAAGAAAAAGCUAUAAAGGGUAUUUGGGGUAUAUUUUCACCGAUCCAUAUUGCUUCUGCCUUCCAAAACUUUUUCAUUAUUCCAUACUUACUAAGACUUGGUGCUGAUGUCAACAUGCUUACCAAUGAUAAUAUGUUGACACCCUUAUUAUUAGCAGCAGGAAAUGAUGAGGAGCAUAGACAGGAGGCAGGAAAGGAGAAAGAUGGGGACGAAACACGUAAUGAAACAGUUCUAUGCUUAAUAAAAAACGGUGCUGAGAUUAAUCUAUGUGCUAACGAUGGAUACAGUCCUCUCCAUAUAGCUUGUCAAAACGGCCAUGCAAGCACGGUACAACUGUUACUGAAUAAUGGCGCCAACGUCAAUCUAUGUGAUAAUGAUAAACACAGUCCUCUUCAUAUUGCUUGUCAAACUGGAAUAGAGAGCAUAGUAAAUUAUUUACUGAAGAGAGAAGCCAAUGUGAAUUUAUCUGACAAAAAUGGAUACAGUCCUCUCCAUAUAGCUUCUCAAAAGGGAUAUGAGAGCACAGUCCAAUUAUUACUCAACAAUGGCGCCCAUGUGAAUUUAAACAUUAAAGGCUAUAACAAUCCCCUAUUUGUCGCUUGUCAAAAUGGGCAUGCCAACAUUGCCCAGUUGUUACUGAACAAUGGAGCAAACGUAAAUUUAUGUUCUCACGGAGGAUACACCCCACUUUACAUAUCUUGUGAAAAGGGACAUGACAACAUUUUACAAGUGUUACUAAACAGCGGUGCCAACGUCAAUUUGCGUGUUUACAAUAAAUUCAGACCUUUAGAUAAAAGAAAUGGAUACAGUCCUCUCCACAUAGCUUCUGAAAAAGGACUUGAAAGUACAGUACAACUGUUAUUGAAUAAGGAAGCAGACGUCAAUUUAUGUGAUAGUAAUGGGAACAGUCCUCUCCAUGUGGCGAGUCAGAAGGGAUAUGCCUACAUAGCCGAAUCUUUACUGAACUAUGGUUCUGAUAUUAAUUUAUGCUAUGAAUUUGGUAACAGUCCUCUGUAUUUAGCUUGCUCAAAUGGACAUGACAAUGUAGUCCACUUAUUGAUAAACAAAGGUGCCAACAUCAAUUCGUGUGCUAACCUCGACCCUUUCAUUCAAAAUAAUGGAUACAGACCUCUCCACAUAGCUACAAAAAAGGGACAUAACAGCACAGUUCGCUUGUUAUUGAGCAAGGGCGCCGACGUCAAUUUAUGUGAUAACGACGGGUAUAGUCCUCUCUGCAUAGCUUGUCAAAAUAAACAUGAAAGCAUCGUCCAUUUAUUAUUGACCAAUGCUGCCAAUGUAAAUUUAUGUGCUAAAAAUGGAUUUAGUCCUCUCUAUAUAGGUUGUCAAAAGGAACAAGAAAAAAUAGUCCAAAUGUUACUUGAUAAUGGUGCUAACAUCAAUUCUUGUGCUGAGAAUAAUUUCAGUCCUUUCCACAUAGCUUGUCAAAAGGGGAAUGAUAGCAUAGUACAACUGCUACUGAAAUAUGGCGCUGAUGCCAAUUUAUACAUCAGAGGAAAUAAUUUAAGUCCUCUCUAUAUUGCAUGUGAAAAUGGCCAUGACACCACAGUUCAAUUAUUACUGAACGAAAAAGUCAACAUCAAUUAUUGUGCUUACAAUGGUUAUAGCGCCCUUUACAUAGCUAGUCAAAAAGGGCAUGACAGAACGGUCCAGCUGCUAUUAAACAACGGCGCUGAUGUCAAUUUAUCUGCUAAUAAUGGAUACAACCCUCUGGAUAUAGCUUGUCAAGAAGGAAAAGAAAGUACAGCUCAGUUGUUACUGAAGAGUGGCACCAAGGUCAAAAUGUAUGCAAACAAAGAAAACGGUCUUCCUUAUACCGCUUGUAAAGAAGGGUUAAAUAAUUUGAUAGAUUUGUUAUUGGAGAAUGGAGCUAUUCUAGUCAAGAAUAGAUAUGAUAGCACGGUACAACUGUUACUUAACAACGGUGCCGACAUAAAUUUAUGUAACAGGAAUGAAGAGAGUCCGCUCUAUAUAGCCUGUUAUAAGGGAAAUGAUAGCACGGUACAACUCUUACUGAAAAGCGGUGCCAACAUAAAUUUAUGUAACAAGAAUAAAGUAAGUCCUCUUUAUAUUGCUUGUCAAAAAGGACAUGAUAGCACGGUACAACUGUUACUGAACAACGGUGCCGACAUCAAUUUAAGUAACAGGAAUGGAACCAGUCCUUUUCAUAUAGCUUGUCAAAAUAAACACGAUAGCAUGGUACAACUGUUACUUAACAACGCUGCCGACAUCAAUUUAUGUGAACAGAAUGGAUUAAGUCCACUUUCUAUGGCUUGUUUUGAAGGACAUGAUAGUACGGUACAAAUGUUACUUAACAAUGGGGCCGACAUCAAUUUAUGUAACAAGAAUAAAGUAAGUCCUCUUUAUAUAGCUUGUGAAAAAGGACAUGAUAGCACGGUACAACUGUUACUAAACAAAGGUGCCGACAUCAAUUCAUGUGAACAGCAUGGAUUUAGUCCUCUCUUCAUGGCUUGUUUUGAAGGACAUGAUAGUACGGUACAAUUGCUACUUAACAACGCUCCAGACAUCAAUUUAUGUAACAAGAUUGGUGCAAGUCCUCUUUAUAUGGCAUGUCAAAAUGGCCGUGAUAGCACUGCACAACUGUUAUUAAACAAUGGUGCCGAAGUCAAUUUAUGUAACAAGAAUAAAGUAAGUCCUCUUUAUAUUGCUUGUCAAAAAGGACAUGAUAGCACGGUACAACUAUUACUGAACAACAGUGCCGACAUCAAUUUAUGUAACAAGAAUAAAGUAAGUCCUCUUUAUAUAUCUUGUCAAAAUGGACAUGAUAGCACGGUAAAACUGUUACUGAACAAUGGUGCCGACAUCAAUUUAUGUAACAAGAAUGGAGCCAGUCCUCUUUAUAUAGCUUGUCAAAAUGGACAUGAUAGCACGGUACAACUGUUACUGAACAACGGUGCCGACACCAAUUUAUGUGAACAGCAUGGAUUUAAUCCUCUUUCCAUGGCUUGUUUUAAAGGACAUGAUAGCACGGUACAACUGUUACUGAACAAUGGGGCAGACAUCAAUUUAUGUAACAAGAAUGGUGCAAGUCCUCUUUAUAUAGCUUGUCAAAUUGGACAUGGUAGUACGGUGCAACUGCUACUGAACAACGGUGCCGACAUCAAUUUAUGUAACAAGAAUGGAGCUUGUCCUCUUUAUAUAGCUUGUCAAAAUAGACAUGAUAGCACGGUACAACUGUUACUGAUCAACGGUGCAGACAUCAAUUUACGUAACAGGAAUGAAGAGAGUCCACUCUUUAUAGCUUGUUAUAAGGGAAAUGAUAGCACAGUACAACUCUUACUGAAAAGCGGUGCCGACAUCAAUUCAUGUAACAAGAAUGGAGCUUGUCCUCUUUAUAUAGCUUGCCUAAAUGGACAUGACAGCGAGGUACAACUGUUACUUAACAACGGUGCAUACAUCAAUUUAUGUAAAAAGAAUGGAACCAGUCCUCUUCAUAUAGCUUGUCAAAAUAAAUACGAUAGCAUUGUACAAGUGUUACUUAACAACGGUGCCGACAUCAAUUUAUGUGAACAGAAUGGAUUUAGUCCUCUUUCUGUGGUUUGUUCUGAAGGACUUUAUAGUACAGUACAACUUUUACUUAACAAUGGGGCCGACAUCAAUUUAUGUAACAAGGUUGGAGCCAGUCCUCUUUAUAUGGCUUGUCAAAAUAGACAUGAUAGCACGGUACAACUGUUAUUAAAUAACGGUGCAGACAUCAAUUUAUGUAAAAAGGAUAAAGUAAGUCCUCUUUAUUUAGCUUGUCAAAAAGGACAUUAUAGCACGGUGCAACUGUUAUUGAACAACGGUGCCGACAUCCAUUUAUGUAACAAGAAUAAAGUAAGUCCUCUUUAUAUUGCUUGUCAAAAAGGACAUGAUAGCACUGUACAACUGUUACUAACCAACGGUGCCGACAUUAAUUUAUGUGAAAAGCAUGGAUUUAGUCCUCUUUCAAUGGCUUGUUUUGAAGGACAUGAUAGCACGGUACAAAUGUUACUGAACAACGGUCCUGACAUCAAUUUAUGUAACAAGAAUGGUGCGAGUCCUCUUCACAUAGCUUGUCGAAAUGGACAUGGUAGUACAGUAAAAUUGCUACUGAACAACGGUGCCAACAUCAAUUUAUGUAACAAGAAUGGAGCUUGUCCUCUUUAUAUAGCUUGUCAAAAUAGACAUGAUAGCAUGGUACAACUGUUACUUAACAAUGGUGCCAACAUAAAUUUAUGUAACAGGAAUGAAGAGAGUCCGCUCUAUAUAGCCUGUUAUAAUGGAAAUGAUAGCACGGUACAACUGUUACUGAACAACGGUGCCGACAUCAAUUUAUGUAACAAGAAUGGAGCUUGUCCUCUUUAUAUAGCUUGUCAAAAUGGACAUGAUAGCACUGUACAACUGUUACUAAACAACGGUGCAUACAUCAAUUUAUGUGAACAGAAUGGAUUAAGUCCUCUUUCUAUAGCAUGUUUUGAAGGACAUGAAAAUACAGUACAACUGUUGCUGAACAACGGUGCUGACAUCAAUUUAUGUAACAAGAAUGGAACCAGUCCUCUUCAUGUAGCUUGUCAAAAUAAACACGAUAGCAUGGUACAACUGUUACUAAAUAACGGUGCCGACAUCAAUUUAUGUAAACAGAUUGAUAUCACUCCUCUUUCUAUAGCUUGCCAAAAUGGACAUGAUAGCACGGUACAACUGUUACUGAAUAACGGUGCCAAUAUCAAUUUAUUUAAACAGAAUGGAUACAGUCCUCUUCAUAUAGCUUGUCAAAAUGAACAUGAUAGCACCGUACAACUGUUACUGAACAACGGUGCCGACAUCAAUUUAUGUGAUUAUGAUGGAGACAGUCCUCUUUAUAUAGCUUGUCAAAAUGGACAUGAAAACAUAGUACAAAUGCUACUAGAGAACGGUGCUGACAUCAAUUUAUGUGAUAAUGAUGGAGACAGUCCUCUUUAUGUAGCUUGUGAAAAUGGACAUGAUAAAACGGUACAACUAUUACUGAACAACGGGGCCGCCAUCAAUUUAUGUAACAAGAUUGGAGCCAGUCCUCUUUCUAUAGCUUGUCACAAUGGACAUGAUAGCACGGGAGAAUUUACAGCAAAAAGGUUCACAGGAGAUGAAGAGAAGACUUGCUGUAACCUUCAGUCCGAUAUUCAGAUAUAUCGACGUCAUAUUAUCAAUUACAAAUAG